AUGUACCAUGCUCACCCUGCCCUCCAAAAUAAACCAUACAAUGUCCACACUGCAGGUAUGUAAACAGCCAUGAAAGGGCGUGAAACAGAUGCCAUAAAAGCUCAGUAUACAAUUUGAUAAAAGGUAAUAAAGAAAUAAAGAUGUAGGUCUAGGUCACAACUGAUAACAUAUGUAUACUCCUCGUAUCACGUACAUUAAGGUUUAUCAGAAAAUAAUUGAUUCAUUUUGGUGGGCAACAUAUCCAGUAAGAACAGGUUUGAGUCGCAUGUAACUAAUCAAAAUGUCUGAAGAACACAAGGGACCUGCCUUAACGUCCGACUCCAAACAGGACCUGGGCAUUUCUGAAUCCAAAGGGAAAGCAUACGCUCACACCUUCUCCAAGAAACGCAUCAUCAAGAACCUGAUCAUUGUCAGCUUUGCCUUCAUGUUCUUGUUCACAGCUUUCCAGGCCUUGGGUGCCCUCCAGAGCAGCUUGAAUAAGGAGGAAGGCCUUGGGGUGUAUGGGCUGGCCAUCAUUUAUGGUGCCCUGAUAGUCUCUUGUUUGUUCUUACCCACUCCCCUCAUUGCACUACUGGGCUGCAAGUGGACUAUCGUUGUAUCUAUGUGCUGCUAUGUCUUAUACAUUGUUGCCAACUUCUAUGCUAUCUGGGGAACCAUUGCACCUUCCUCAGUGAUUUUGGGAUUUGGGGCGGCACCUUUGUGGUCAGCAAAGUGUACCUACCUCACCGAGACAGCCAUUCAUUAUGGAAAGCUAACAGGAGAAUCAAAAGAUGCUGCUGUGAAUAAGUUUUUUGGCAUAUUCUUUGCAUUUUUUCAAACCAGUUCAGUGUGGGGCAAUCUGAUAUCAUCUUUGGUCUUUAGCCAAAAGCGUGAUAAUGAAACUGAAAUCCCUGAGGAGCUUCUUGCUAAAUGUGGUGCUGCAUAUUGCACAGGGGAUGAAACAAUUGGCAACUUGACCAACGUAGGACUGGAGAAACCACCAUAUGAAAGAAUUUUGAUGCUGGUUGGAAUCUAUGCCGCUUGUGGUGUUAUUGCCAUUGCUAUUGUCAUCUUUUUACUGGAUAAACUUGCGCUGGAGUCCAAAACUUCUGAGGGAUCCAGGAAGUUUUCUUUUGACCUUUUCAUCGCCACCUUUAAACACAUGAGAAGGCCAGAGCAGAUUUUGCUUAUUCCUCUUACCAUGUACAGUGGCUUUGAACAAGGCUUUCUAAGUGGGGAUUUUACAAAGUCCUAUGUCAGCUGCACUGUGGGUAUCUGGAAUGUGGGCUAUGUUAUGAUUUGUUAUGGAGUGGUGGAUGCUAUCUGUUCUUUUACCUUUGGACGACUGGUCAAAUACUUGGGCAGAAUACCCUUCUUUGUCUUUGGUGCCCUAUUACACUUUGGCUUACAACUGACCUUCUUGCUGUGGAAGCCCACUCCAGACCAUUUUGUGGUGUACUUUGUGCUGGCAGGCUUGUGGGGGAUGGGGGACGCCAUAUGGCAGACACAGAUCAAUGCUUUAUAUGGUGUGGUGUUCCAAGACAACACUGAGCCAGCAUUUUCCAACUACCGUCUCUGGGAAUCCUUAGCAUUUGUCUUGGCUUAUGUCUUCAGCUUCCAGCUCUGCGUCAACAUCAAGAUUUACAUCCUGAUUGGUGUGCUGGGGCUAGGCAUGAUGGGAUACUUGGCAGUGGAAAUAAUACAGCGAAGACAGGGGCAUAAUUCAGGAACAAUUACCAAAGACUGAUGAAGCAGUUAUGUCUUAUAUGUAAUAUAUAUAGAGAGAGACAUUUUAAAAAAAGAUGAAAUAUUGGGGUAUCAAAUGUAAAUUACGUUUUUUUUUUAUGAAGUUUGUCAGUAAUCACAGAUAAUUUUUGUAACCAGAGAAAAUUUUAUUUCAUACAUCUAUAAAGCUUUCUGACAUCAUUGUUUUAGGAUUUAAUUUCUUUCAUACAGAUCCAGCAUUAUUUUUGAGUCAUUUAAAGAAUCUACAGUUGGAAAGUUAGCCUAUAUACUUGUAGCAAGUUAUAUGUUUAUAUUUAUAUAAUAUACUUUUCUGCAUAAGGUAAUCAUAAUAUGGUUAUUACUCACAUAAUUCAAAGAAAUUUAAUUAAAUAUACAUACCAAAAUUGUUUGGAAAUUUCUUCACUUGGGGUCAUGUCAGUACAUGUAUAUUUUGCAGAAGUAAAGAAAGAUUAAUUGUGGUAUAUGCACUAGUAUAAGCCGAAUGUCAGCAUAUAGUUACCAUAUGCUGCAUCUUCCCACAAAUAAUAAUUUGUUCAGUACAUGUAGGUCUUGUACACUUCAUAAAAUAAGAUUUGGAUGCAAGCUUUUUUAUAUACCAUUAGCAAUAAAAUUUUUACUGAAAAAUA